AUGUUGAUGCUACGGUUAUGGCUAAUGGUUGUGGUGAUAGCCAUGGUCAGAAGUGAACGUACGUUGAGAAGAAUGCGAGAUCUUCUAGAUGAGAGUCCAUCUCAAGAGAAUCUACUUCGAGUUUGUGCCAAUAUAUUGUCAUCAAGGAAUGGUGAGUUUUAGUAUCUUUACAUUCAAAAUAGUCAUUUAAAAUUGGGUAUUGACAUAACAGUAAAAUUUAUGAUAGUUACAAUAAUAUAAGUUUAUUUGAUAUUAGCAUUCCAAUGAUAAGAUGACUUGUUUCAGCUCAAUUUUUUGAAGAAAAUGUUGUCUUAAGUCCCAGCGGCGAUGAAAUUCCCUUAACACUAGUGCAAAGAGAAGUGCCAGUCAAAUACGAAGUAAGUUACAUUACAUUUUAACUUCUUUUUGUCUAUUAGGAAUAGGUUUUGCUUCAAUACUUUCUCUAUAAACUCCUCGUUUAAAUUAAAAAAGCUAACUUGACAUCAGAUUUUGUAAUACGCUUUUAAAUUUUAUCACAUUAUACUAUUCUUUCAGAUGGUAGACCCAACUGACCGACUGGAGAGAAUAGCUCGGACCUUGAGGUCAAGUGUGUAUGCUCCCAAACUGUGUGAACCUGAAAGUUUCUACCCCAAAGUCGGGGAUCAAGAACUCAAUUGUAAAGAAGUAAGUUAUACCUAUAACUUAUUUCUUUAUUCUAUAUACAUGUAGUUAAUACGUACAAUCCGUCUUAGCAUGGUAGAAACUUUUUGAAGCUUUCUGUAGAAGAUAUGCCCUAUCUUUUCACAGAUCUAUCUUCUUUUCUUGUAAGUCUAAUGUCAUCACAGUAGUUAUGUAAACAGUACAGUAUGUCAUAAUUCCAGUAAAAAACUUUUCGAUCUGUAAUUCGCGUGACAUUUCACAGUAUUUUACCACACCUUAUCAUACAUCUUGUCCCUGUAAUCGCCGUAUUUACGUAUUUAAGAGUAUUUUCGAAAAAACGACAGACUAAGGUUAAUCUCGGUGACAUUCUGUAAAUCGUGUUUUGGUAACUUACAAUUUAAGCCUUAACCGUGGAUUCUUUAGAAAAUGUUACAGUAGGACAAACAAGUAUGACAUACUUAUUAUGACAUACUAUACUAUAAUAUAGCCUAUAACUGUUAUCUUUGAAGUCUCACAGUCGAUGACACAUUAAGCCCAAUGUCAUUUCAAUUGAAACAAUAACAAUUGUAAACAGAUUAAUGUCCACGAAUUGUCACGGGACGGGACAAUGGAUAUUAACAUAGAUUAGGGUGUUUGGCCAUUAGAAGACCGUGACAUUCGGGUUUAAAAGUCGAAUUUCGAAAGGGUAGUAGGUGUAGGACAAAGACGUCUUGUUUACUGAAAUUGUCAUAGAAAUGGUGUUGCACAUCAUAGUAAUUGUAAAAAAAUGUCGUAAUACCAAGACAUCUUAGAGAUCGUGUACCAACGGCACGGUAAUCUUGCUAUAAAUAAGGCCACAGUAUAGUACAAACAAUAUGUCUGUUUUUGAUUCUUUUCUUCAUAAUCCUUGACUACAUCUCAUCCUGUAUAUACUCAAAUCAACAAACAUUUAACUCCAACCAACCACCAAUGUUCAGAUCUGCCAAUCGUGCGUACCCGGCUCGGCCGCCGUCUGCCAUCAACGGAACCACCGCUUUCCAGGCGUAGCACAAACCUGCUUCUGCACGUACGACACCGACAGACCGCUACACAACGCCGUACUGGUGCUGAAGAACGGCGUGUCACAGAUCUGA